CUGUCAAACGAAAAUACUAAUAUAAUGUAUUCUUUACAUCGGAUUAUAUAUGAAAUAAGAACGAAAGAAAAAUACAAGAAUAAGAAAUGAAAGUAUUUUCUAAAUUUUGUUUUGUCUAAUAAUUUGUAUUAGAAUUUUAUUUGCAAAUUCAAAGUUAUUUAUUAGGUUAAGUGUCAAUAUGUAUAUAAAUUUUAAAUAUUAAUGAAUGAUACAAUUCUUUCAUAUUAUUAAUAUUUACCAGUAUUAAGCACGUAACCCAAUACUAUCGAUUUUAUAUAUUAUAUAAAAUGGUUACUAUGUGGCAUCAGCAAGUAUUUGCUCUUGAUGCUAAGUAUAAUGGACAACGUGUUAAUAAACUACCUUCUUUGGGGAUGCUUUACAUUCGUCGUAGAAAUCAAUUGUUAAAAGAAAAAUUUUGUAAGGAUCCAAAAAUCUGUGAAAAUUAUUUAAAACUAAGGUCAAAAUUGUUAUUUCUACGAUAUGGUGAAAGCUUGGAACAAAGUAGUCUUGGAAGCCACACAACUGAAGAUGAGAAAUCAGAAAUUAAAAUGAAACUUAAUAGUAUACAAAGAAAAUCUAUAGCAGAAAACUUUGCAUUUGAUGGAAUGCAUCAUGUUUUCGAUCAACAUAAUGCCCCCGUAAUAAUGUUGAAAUUUGCAAACAAUGAUAGAUCAAAACUAUGUUGUGCAUCAUUAGAUGGAUUAUUAUCAAUAUGCGAGGCAAUUAGUGUACCACCAAAAGUAAUAGCUUUAUUAGAAGGCCAUAAAAAGGGUGUUACAGCAUUAGACUGGAGUAUUAGUAAUGACCUCAUAGUUUCAUCCUCUUUGGAUGGUACUAUAAGACUCUGGAAUGUUGCAACAGAAACUAAACCAGACUGUUUACGAGUGGUUAAUGAUCAACAACGAGCAGAAGUAUUAUGUUGUGGAUUUAUACCUAUAAAUAAUAAUUUAGUUGUCGCUGGUAAUUCUCAUGGACUUGUACAGAUCUUAAAUAUAUCUACUGGUAUAUAUACUCGAGGUGGAUCUUGUAAAAUUGGAGGGAAAAUUUUAUCAUUGACUUGCGAAGGUAGCGGUGGUUUAGUGAUAUGGGCUGGAAAUGAUAGAGGAAUUAUCAUGUCUUUUCAAUUGGAACCAGGAACAGGUCGAUUAAUAAAAUUACGAAGGGUACAAGAAAUUGGAGGAAUGAUAACCAGUCUUUCCUGGCGUUCAUGGUUUUCUAAAGAUGCACCAUGGCCAGCACUUUUAGUGAGCAGUGCAUGUAACGUAGUACUGCUGUAUCAUAUUAUCGAUAACCAGGGCUCCUUAUCACUUUGGACUAAAUAUCCAAUAAAACAUAAACAUUAUUUUGUGAGGUCUACAUUUUGUCCACAAAUGGAAGCAUGUUUGAUAGCCACUGGUUCCGAGGAUGGUACAAUUCAUUUAUUAGAUUCAGCUAGGAAAGGCAAGGCAGGAAAAAUCAAUUGCCUUCAUGGUCAUGCAACACCAACACUUGCUUUAUGUUUUAAUUAUGAUGAAUCUCUUCUUGCAUCUGCGGAUCAUCAAGGGCUUAUUAUAUUAUGGCGGAAUCGUCAACGUCAUAUAUAAACUUUAAUACAAAACAAAAUGAUACUAUUAUAAUAAACAUCUUAUAAAAACAAUUGUUUUAAGUAAAAUAUUUAUAAUAAAGUUUGA